GUCGCUACCUUUUUUUCUCUUACGGCACUCACAUCAUUUCAUCUACACACAAUAUUGUUUUUAUCCUUUUUUUUAAUGCACAAUCUAUAACUUUAUUUUCCGUAAAAUAUUUCCAUUUAUUUUGUGUUGUAAAUUGAACGAGAAAAAUUUCUACACACAGUUGUUAGUUUUAUUGUGCAGAAUAAAUUCGAAUGUCAAAUUUACGAUUUUUAUCGAGUUUUUACCAUGAAUUGUUUUGGUGACAGUGUGAAAUAUUGUUUGAAAAAUUAUUGACUAAAAAACGGAAAAAAUAACUAUUGUUGGCUACUGUGAAUGUGGUGCUAUCGCGCAAAAGUGAAGUUGGUAAAUUGCUCUUGAAUGGAAAGACAGAAUCGGAAAAAAUUGGAUAAAAAGCAAUUAAGCAAACCGAUGCAGGAUAAAGUGUCGCAAAAACAAUAUGCAUAGGUGUACAAUAUGAAUUUAAUGCACACAUUCCGUCGUUCCGACCAGAAGUGAUAGAGAAACACAAACGCCAGAAGAGGCGAGAGAAAAAAAUCUGUGCGGCAAAUCGUUUUGCAACCACGGAGCGCACCCAACAUCGCAUUAAAUUUCAGACAGACGAUUUUGGAUUUUGAUAAAGAAACGUUGUUUUUUCGCUGUUUUUGGAGCGUAAAAAAUAAUCAUUACAAAUAAAUACGAAAAAAAGACGUGAAUUUGUUAUUGUGAAGCCACAAAACCAGUAAAACACAAAAUGAAGAAUUUACACAAAUUGUUGGCUUUCGUCGGGAUCACGAUGAUCGCAACACCAAAUGUAGCCGGGCAUUUGAAUCUAUUUUUAAAUCAACAUGAAGUGAUGCGUUUAUUGGGUCUAUCCGCCGAGCUCUAUUAUGUUAGAGAUGGCCUUGUGAAUGAAUAUGCCUUACAUUUUACGGUUCCGGUGCCGGGGAAUAUACACGACAUCACUUUUACAUGGCAAAGUUUAGCAGGAAGACCGUUACCAUACAAAAUAAACAUUGAGUCAUCGGAUUUGACGGUUCUGCCACGUCCAACGAUGAACAUUUCACGACUUGGAAGUAUCCCAACCGACAUUGAAACCUUUUCGAUUGAUAUGCAAUGUUCGGGCUUGCGAUCGGCUGAAGUAGAUGUUACGAUAACGAUUGAAGUUACGCUUAAUCGAGCAACCAACAAUGUUACCGAAUUAGUAUUUCGACGCAAAAAAAUCUGCUUGGAAGUUGAGCCUACCGAAAAAAUAAGCAACACAAUCGAUGAUCCAUUGCUACUGGAAACGAUGUCAGUCAUCGCACCAACGGGCUUAUUGACACUGAUUAUUGGUGGCGUUUUGGCAUUAAUGUUGGUGCUCAUUUUAAUUUCCAUCGCAUACUGUGCCCGAAGCCCAACAAAACGUGGUGGCCAUAGUCAACCACUUCGUACAUCAUCGUUUCAACGCUUACAAACUCAUGCACCAUCGGCACCGCCAUCAAUCGUUUUUCCCCCAGCCCCACCAACAUCGACACUACCACGGAGCGAACGGAUCAACGAACGUACCGGCACAAAUACAAUCGAUGCAAAGGAAUUGCUUACAAUCCAUAGAUAUCGUGUACGCUUAUCAAAGGUUUUGCAAGAAGGAACAUUUGGACGAGUUUUCCGUGGCACUUAUAAUGAUGAACAAGAGGUUUUAGUUAAAACGGUUGCACAACAUGCAAGUAAAAAUCAAGUCUCAUUAUUGCUCAAAGAAGGCACUCGUUUGUAUGCUGCAUCACAUCCGGCAAUUUUACCGUUGCUCGGUGUUUCUAUUGAUGACAUCUCGACGCCAUUCCUUUUAUAUGCUGCAUCAGCCGAUACAGUGAAUCUGAAGCUAUUUUUGAACCAAGAACCAUCGUCACGUACAUUAACCACCAUUCAAAUUGUUAUGAUGUCAUACCAAUUGGCGGUUGCAUUAGGACACCUACAUAGUCAUCAGGUUUUGCAUUGUGAUGUUGCCGCUCGCAAUUGUGUUAUUAAUGAACAACUUCAAGUGAAAUUGACAGACAGUUCGCUGGCCCGAGAUCUAUUCCCCGAAGACUAUAGUUGUUUGGGCGAUAGUGAGAAUCGGCCAAUCAAGUGGAUGGCGCUAGAAACAUUGCAGAAGAAUGAGUUUUCCGAAGCAUCCGAUACAUGGGCUUUCGGUGUUCUCAUGUGGGAAUUGUGCACAUUGGCUCGACAACCAUACCAAGAAAUCAACAAUGACGACAUGGAACAAUUCUUAUCGGAAGGUUUUCGAUUAGCACAACCGGUGAAUUGUCCCGAUGAAUUAUUUACAAUCAUGGCAUAUUGUUGGGCGUUGUUACCACAUGAGCGGCCAUCGUUUGGUCAACUUAAAGUGUGUCUACAGGAGUUUCACAAUCAAUUGACGCGAUAUGUUUAAACCGAUGAAAAAAGAAGAAGAAGAAGAAGAUGUGUUCAUUUCUCGUUUUGUUGAUGUUGAUCGUAAAUGUUGUGUUAUUUCGUGUUGGAACAAAGAAAAACAGUCAUAUAUACUCAUAAGUAGGAAUGAUAAGUGCUUUUAUAUUCAAAGCGAUUGUGGGAAAGACAUUUUAAACUUUACCAAUUGAAUAUCCAAUAAUUACUCAACCCAUUCGGAAAAAGUAUUCAAAACGAUAAAGAAAUUCAAGUAAAUUUAAUGAUAUUCAAGUGCUUGUCGUACAAGCAAUUGCAUGCCAAUUUAAAACGCCUGAAGGAAUACAUUCAUUAUUUAAACGAAAAACAAAUACCGCCAAUACAAUAAUAAAUCUACUCAAAACA